AUGGCACAGAUCGAGGUCUUCGCGAUACAGAUCCGGUCGGAGUCUAUGAUCUGCCGCGGGAUUGUCGUAGGGAUGGUUUUUCUUGUGGAAGUGGUUGAGGUUGGCCUUCAUAUUGCAGAGGUUGAGGUGAUUCUUGCCCACCCAGUUGUCGAUGAGAUUGGCAAUCUUGUACCAGCCCUCCGUGUGUCCCCCGUCGAUCCGCGCGUUGAAGCCGCAUCGGAUGAACAUGUAACAAUGUACGAGCUCGUGGAGGAAGGUGGCCAGUAG